GGGGGCAGCCUCUGUUUCUUUCGUCAGGAUUCUCUUGCACUACUACUAUGGGCUAGAAACAAGGAAUUCAAUGGAAGCCCCACAAAUAAUAAAAGCUACAAAACCCAGAAAGAAUCAUCAUCCUCCUCCUCCCUCCCCCCCCUCUCUCAAGCCUCAACUACCUCUGCCUCACCAUCUAUAAGGACUAACCUUCCCCUUGAUUCUGCUUUCACAUAUUGAAGUCAUCAACAACUUAUAUGGCUAGAACCUCUGAAGACUCCUCCUCCAAGAGACACUUCCACUGGACCAAAAAGGUUGGAAACGAAGAUGUUGAAGCUCCAAGCAUCAAGUCCUCCUCAAACCCCAACGAAGAAGACAAAAAUGAAAAUGUUAAGAGCCAUGUUGCAAUGCCAACCCCGAAGAAAAGACUACCAGCAGUAGCAGUUGCUAGGCUCCGAUCGGUUCUUGCAGCCCUCGGUAAGAACCGAUCAAGCCUUCCAAUGGGGCUUGGAUCCCGAGUGGUUGGUACCCUUUUUGGAUAUCGCCGGGGUCAUGUCCAUUUCGCAUUUCAAAGGGAUCCCAAUUCACCUCCUACUUUCCUUAUUGAGCUGGCUACACCAAUAAGUGGAUUGGUUAGAGAGAUGGCAUCCGGGUUAGUCAGAAUUGCAUUGGAAUGUGACAAAGAGAAGGAAGAUCAAAAGAAAGCUGUGAAAUUGCUGGAAGAGCCAAUGUGGAGGACUUAUUGCAAUGGAAAGAGAUGUGGUUUUGCCACGCUGAAGGAAUGUGGGCAUAAAGAGUGGAAGGUACUGAAAGCUGUAGAGCCAAUCUCAAUGGGUGCAGGUGUUUUGCCAGGGUGUGCAGCAGAGGGUGGAGCUGAUGGUGAACUCAUGUAUAUGAGAGCUAAGUUUGAAAGAAUUGUGGGGUCUAGAGACUCUGAGGCUUUCUACAUGAUGAACCCUGAUAGCAAUGGAGCUCCUGAGCUCAGCAUCUACCUGCUCAGAGUCUAAAAGUCCGGUUAUUUAUAUUUCUUUGUAUUUUUUCUUCCCUUUUUUUAAGGUUUCCUGGGCAAGAAAAUGGAGGUCUAGCUCUCUCAAACUUUUUUUUUUUUUUUGUUUUUUUCCUUUUUCUGUUCGUUAUUUCUCCUUGGGAGAAAAUGGGAAAGUGAGCUUUACCUGUAUUUUGUUAGUUUUAGGUGGAGGGGCAAUACAUUAUAACAUGAUGGAUAUGGAUAGGUGGGGUAAUGAUGGUGUAUAUGUGUAGUUUUUCUUCUCUCUUUUUUAGCAAGUGAUGAGACAAGGGGCUAACGCAGCAACCAUGGCAGUCUUCUCAUUUUGUUUAA